UUAAUAUUAUUCUCGAUUGAUUGAUUGAUUGAUUGAUUUCUUCUCUCGCCUAACCUAAAUGAUUGCAAAAUCCCAUGUUCCUACUCGCCGGAUUCUGACGCAACCGGCCGUUCAUCCAUCCCAAACCGUUUCUCCGGCCGCUCUUCUCGAUUCCUUGCUCGCCAUUUCUCGUAACAUCAUCGCCUACAGGUCCAAAUCCUUCUACUCUCAUCAUCGUAAUGCCAUUGAAUCCAUUCGCCUCGUCAGACUUCUCUCUGAUUUCUUUUCUGAAAUCAAGACCCACCAUGUUACCUGCACUCUCCUCCUAUGCUUGUCCGACCUCUAUUUCGUCUUCCAGAGAAUCGACUUCCUUCUUCAAGACUGUUGCCGUGAUGAUUCUCGGAUAUGGAUGAUGAUGAAAUGUGAUUUCAUCGCUAAUCAGUUCCGGGUCCUUAUGAGGACAGUUUCCACCACAGUUGAUGUUCUGCUCCCCAUGUGUACUUUGAUGCAACUCCCCACUGAACUCCAAGAAACCAUUCAGCUUCUAAUAAGACAAGCGAGGACUUCACCGUAUGCUGUUGACUCGGCUGAUCGAUAUUCUUCCGACAGACUUGUCUCAAUUCUAAGUCAAUUCGAGAAAGGGUUCGCUCCAGAGUCCACUGACUUGAGGAGCCUACUCAAUCAUUUAGGGAUUCAAAGCUGGAGUCAAUGCAAUAAGGAGAUCAAGUUCCUGGAAUCGGAAUUAGAGCUCGAAUCCUCCUCCUCUAGCUCUAAGAAGACAGAUCUGCCACUCCUGUGCAGCCUAACUGGCUUUAUGACUUACUGUCGUGCCCUUCUUUUUGAUGUCAUCGAUGAUGAUGAUGAUGAUGCACAUAAUCAGCACAAAUCCGAUGUCCCAUUUCACGGCGAGGUGAUUAGACACCUAAAUCCAGACGAUUUCAGGUGUCCGAUCUCCCUCGAGAUCAUGUCUGAUCCAGUCACACUGUGUACAGGACACACCUACGAUAGACCCUCCAUCUCAAAAUGGCUCAGCAAUGGAAACCCAACUUGUCCCAAAACUGGUCAGCGGCUCGUUACCCCAGUCUUGGUUCCCAACUUGGCUCUGAAGCGGUUAAUUCAGCAAUAUUGCCACGACAACGGCAUUCAUCAAGCUGAAACGAUGCCCUGCAAGGAGCGGGACAAACAGAAAAGGUCACUUCUUGUAGGCAGUGAAGCUGCAGAUCAAGCUAUGAAAAUGCUUGCCAGCUUUCUCGCUGGAAGACUCGCAGUCGUCGAUAAUGAUACAGUAAAGAUGAACAAGGCUGCGUACGAGAUUCGCCUUCUCACCAAAACAAGCAAUUUUAACAGGUCUUGUUUGGCUGAAGCAGGUGUGAUCCCCCUCUUACUGAAAAAUCUUACAAAUUCAGGAGCAGAGGAUGCAGUUUCCCAAGAGAACGCGAUGGCAGCCCUGUUUAACCUCUCCAAGCAUUCGACAAGCAAGCCUAUCAUUAUUCAGAAUGGAGGUCUGUAUACAAUACUUAAAGUUCUAAAGGAAGGAGCUAAAGUAGAAGCUCGUCAGCACGCAGCCGGCGCACUAUUUUAUCUUGCAUCGUUGGACGAGUAUCGUCCAUUGAUUGCAGAGACUCCAGGAUGCAUUUCAUCUCUUGUGGAUUUAAUCCGGCAAGGUUCGUACAGGAGCAAGAAGAACGGUUUGGUCACGAUUCUGGUCCUGCUUAUGAACAUAAGCAACCACAGGAGGAUACUCUCGUCAGGUGAUGUGAUCCCUUUGAUGGUUAGUCUAUUGAACGACCACCACCGCGAAAGGGAAGAUAUUGUUAUAGACUGUGUGGCUAUUUUAGCUCUUGUUGCGGCAAGACCUUCAGGAACAGUGGCUGUUCUUAAGACGGAAGUGCUGAACAGAAUAGUGGGAGUUUUAUGCUCCUCCAGUUCGGAGAUAGCGUCGGAGCAUUGCGUGUCGUUAUUGCUAGCUAUGUGCCUUAAUGCGGGCAAAGAAUCUGUUCCUGUUUUAGUGAAGAACCGUUCUCUUAUGGAUCCUUUGUACACUCUUCUUAGUCACCGUACUCGUGCGAGCAAGAAGGCGGCUGCUCUUAUUAGGAUUCUUCACGAAUUUCAAGAGGGAUGCUCUAUCGGUUUGAUCUCUCCUGUUGUUGUGGGAGAGCAAUUUGUUCAUGCUAUGUGAAAUGUGGAUUCGACAUUAACUAGCUCGAGUUUUAUAAGAGCUAUUUAAGUUGGUAUUGAAAGCUUCUGGUUUUUGUAUUGAAGCUUUUCAUACUAGGAUUGUAUAUAUAGUGUAUGUAACUGUCAUUUUUUUUUUUUUCCAAUUAUGGUAAUAAUAAUUUUUUGUGUUUAUUCUUUAAA